GGGGUGUGGUCUGAAGAGGCAGAGAAAAGAUCGGGGGAAAAAACAGGUAGAUCACAAAUACGCUUGAGGUGGCUCAUUGAUAGUAUCAUUAAAACACAGAAUAUAAUAGACUACAAUCUUUGCCAAUGCCGGUCAGAUGGUGAAUUAUUGAGAGGUAGUUUAAGUUUCAGAGAAGAGGUGUGAUUUUGUGGAAAAGUCCUCCGUCGACGUCUGUUUCAAUGUCAACAUGGAUCAUUUGUCUCGGGUCGUUGGUGGUUAAGAAAAGCUUCCAGCUACGGGAGUAGUUACUGAGUUAUUUUGAUAAACGGGAGGUUGGCCGGGUCAUGCUGAUGGACCAGGACCUGUCCCUCCAUGGCUGAAGACACUCAGUGGCUGUACCAACUCCUGGCCGACGUCCAGUUGGAAAAGUUUUACCUGCACGUCAGAGAUGGCCUCAACAUCACCCGCAUCGAGCACUUCUCUUACGUUAAGGAGAGCGACCUGGAGCAGAUAGGAAUCAGCAAACCUGCACAGAGAAGAUUAUGGGACGCUCUGAAAUGCCACAAGAUAAAUUCCCGAUCACGGAUGCAGGAGAGUGGUGGCCGGACUCUUCCUUGUCUGAUCCAGGACAACGAGCUGCUUCUGGGAGAGAAGCUGGGCUCCGGGUCCUUCGGGGUGGUGAAGAAGGGAGAGUGGCACACGCCCGCUGGGAGAGUGGUGCCUGUAGCAGUAAAGUCACUAAGGAGCAGCAUGUCCAGGCAGACGGACACACUGACGGACUUCCUCCAAGAGGUUACCACCAUGCAGUCACUGGACCACCCGAACAUCAUCCGACUUUAUGGCGUGGUGCUCACACAGCCCCUCAAGAUGGUAACAGAGCUGGCCCCCAUGGGCUCACUGUAUGACACCCUGCGCUCACGUCAGUAUCAGUACCCUCUGGCCCGCCUCUGGCUCUUUGCUAACCAGAUCGUGGCAGGUAUGGAUUACCUCGAGACCAGGAGAUUCAUCCACAGAGACCUGGCUGCGAGGAAUGUGCUGCUAGCAUCCAGGGAGAUGGUGAAGAUCGGGGACUUUGGCCUGAUGAGAGGCCUGAGCCAAGAGACGGACCACUAUGUGAUGGGAGCACAUAGAAGGAUCCCGUUUGCAUGGUGUGCUCCAGAGAGCCUUCGUAUCGGCUCCUUCUCCCAUUCCUCAGACGUGUGGAUGUUUGGCGUCACCCUGUGGGAGAUGUUCACCUACUGUGAGGAGCCCUGGUUCGGUCUGUCAGGCAGACAGAUUUUGUACCGCGUAGAACGGGAGGGUGAGCGUCUAGAGAAACCUCCGGAUUGCCCCCAAGAACUGUACGCUGUCAUGAGGAAGUGCUGGGCCUGCAAUCCUGCUGAAAGACCCAGCUUCGCUCAGCUCACCACAAUAGUGGCAGAGGCUAAACCAGCAGAGGUGCAAGCAGCAAGAGACUUUGCUGAACCCAGAAAGCUUGUACUUGUGGCCGGUGACCCUGUGACCGUCAUAGACCAUGGUCUGGAGCUUUGUGAGUGGAGGGGCCAGAACCAAAGGACGCUGAUGGUCGGCUGGUUUCCUGCUAGCCUCACUGUGCCGUCAUUCCCUCCUAAUGCCACUGCCGGCAACUCCGGGCCCAGCCCUGCUUCUAGCUCAGCUUACAUCUCUUCCCCGCUGAAGGGCAGCCUGCAACACGUAGCGCAUGGAGACAUCAAACCUGAACGCACCUGGGGAACACCUGAGAGCGUGGACGACACUGUCAGCCGGAGGUGGGGCCCUGCCAGGGAGAAGGAGGGCUCCAAUCUGCAGAAAAUGGCAGGUAUGUCUCGGAGCCUGGAGUCAGUUUUGAGCGGACCCCGGCCUAGGGCUCACACGGUAGGGGUGGUCAGAGUGGAUCAGCAGGGCAGACUCAUGCCCCCUGUGUUGGCAGCUCAUAGCGUGGUGAUGCAGCAGGACCCACGCCGGUUCAGCGAGGCCAGCAUCGUCCCUCCUCCGCGGCCGCCACUGCCCAACCUGAAACGCCUGAACAUGAAAGUCCAGAGGAGGCCCGCAGUCCAGCCGGCCCCAGGCACCUCAUGGCCUCCGCAGAUGGUCCUGUCCCCUCCAGCGCAGACACAGCCUCAACAACAGCCUCAGCAGGGCAACGGAGGCUCCAACCUGCCUAAAAUAGCCCACAUGGCAAACUCAACCCCGCAGCUGGAUGAGUACACAGACACCAGAGAGAGGGAACGAAUCAGGGAGCGAGAGAAGAUCCUAUAUGUGCAGAACAUGAGAGACAGUCUCACGGCGCAGGUGAUGGAGGCAGUACAUGGAGUGACCACUGAAGAGGUUCAAAAUGCUCUUCAACGUAAUGACUGGAACCCAGUGCGAGCUGAGCAACAACUCAAGCUGGAGCAGCUGUACUCGCUGAGCAUCUGCUCCAAAGAGGAAUGUCUGAAGAUCCUCUCCAAAUACCAGUGGAACCUGCAGAUGGCUAGCCGCUACCUGUUCCGCUGGUCACGGGACGACAGGCUCGGCCCCGGCGAUAGGGAGCGACCUCAAGUCAGCACAGAAAGACGAGUCUGAAGUGACGUUUUCAGCAACACCUUGCUUCACACUGACGCUCUGACACUGGAAGCCGCCCAGUACCUUGAAAUAGGAACAGAUGAGAGGCCCAGUGCAUAAAAAUAGAACAAUGAAAAUGGUUGAAUGUAAAUAGGAAAAAUAUUCUGAAACAGGAAUGUAGCACAAAGACAAUGUUUCUGAGUACUGUGGUGUAUUUUGUUUGUUUGUUUUUUUUUAAUACUUUUAAUGAGACGCUAUUCAGCACAUUGUAUUUUUUGAAAAUAGUUUUUUGUAUCUUAAUGAAUCUGUAUAGAAAUGAAUGUUUAUUGAAUAAAAUCGAUGAUCUGGUGUCAACGCUGA